AUGAAGGACAUCCUAAGUCACAAGAAGGACUGGAGGGAAGUAGAAACAGUCCUCCUCACCGAAGAAUACAGUGUAGUCAUCCAAAGGAACCUUCCAGAAAAACUACAAGACCCUGGAAGCUUUGUAAUACCAUGCAACCUUGGAGAUGCCAAGCCAAAGAGGGCUCUAUGUGAUUUGGAGACAAGUAUCAACUUAAUACCAGUCUCACUGAUAAAGAAACUCGACCUACACCAAGAAAUCAAGCCCACCCGCAUAAGCCUUCAGUUAGCUGACAGCUCAGCUAAGAUUCCAUCAAGAGUAAUUGAAGACAUAAUAGUAAGGGUUAGACCCUUUGCAUUCCCUACAAACUUUGUAGUCUUAGAGAUGGAAGAACAUCAUCCUAGGGAGAUUUUUCCUGGCCACAUGAAGGACCCUCAUUGA